UCGUCGGAGGCUUGGGUGCGAGGCCGCCGCCCGGCCCGCCGCCUUAACCCAGAGCCCCGCAAUGCCCCGCUAUCCGCGUCUGCUAGGUACCGGAAACUGAAGCCCCUGGCUACUGCCCGAGACCGGAAGCGGAAGCGCCAGGCGGUGCUGAGGAAGGAGACGCGGGCGGCUCACUGUGCUGUGUGUAAAGUUUUCUCCGCGGGGGACUGGGUUCACGUGUUAUCUCUGGAGUUCAAGUUUAAGUUGAAACCAGCCUCAAGUUUCACCUGUCCUCACUGACCCGUGGAUUUCUGCGUGACCAGGUCAGCCCUGAUUCAGUGUGGCUGUGAAUACCAGGAAGCUUGGAUCAUUCAAGCUAUUCGGGAAGCUGAUAACCAUAGAGGGAAAAGAGCCCUGUCCUGAGUGCACUGUGGGGAUACGAGGAGGAGCAUCCUCGUUCUUCUGCUCCCUGUUGUUCAGGAAAACUUACUGUCUGAAUCACAGGAUGGCGACCAUGGUUCUGUCCCCCACUUUUGCUCAGUCUUCCCCGUACCCAGCUUCUCACCAGAAAGGAUGCACAGAGGAGGAAGGGUUGGCUAAUGGCUUCCUGACAGACUGGUUACAGGCCUAUGCUCAUCCUUUGAGAUUGAGGGGAAUUCGAUUGCAGGAUGUCACAGUCUCACUGGGAAAGAAAAUCACCUGUGUGUUAGAGGACUUGGUGACUUUUGAGGAUGUGACUGUGGAGUUCACCCAGGAAGAGUGGGCACUGCUGGACCCUUCUCAGCGAACACUGUACAGAGAUGUGAUGCUGGAGAACUGCAGGAACCUGGCUUCACUUGGGUAUCAUGUUGAUAAACCCAGUCUGAUCUCCCAGUUGGAGCAAGAAGACAAGGUGAUGACGGAGGAAAGAGGAAUUCUUCCAGGCACCUGUCCAGAUUUGGAGACGGUACUUAAAGCAAAAUGGUUAACUCCUAAGAAGCAUGUUUUUAGAAAAGAACAUUCUAAUGGUGUAAAAGUGGAGAGAAGUCAUCUAGGAGUGAAACUCAAUGAAUGUAAUCAGUGUUUUAAAGUCUUCAGCACAAAAUCUAACCUUACUCAGCACAAAAGAAUUCAUACUGGAGAAAAACCCUAUGACUGUAAUCAGUGUGGCAAAUCCUUCAGCAGUAGAUCCUACCUCACUAUUCAUAAGAGAAUACAUAAUGGGGAGAAGCCCUAUGGAUGCAAUGACUGUGGAAAAGCCUUCAAUGAUCCUUCCUCCCUCAGACUGCAUGUGAGAAUCCACACUGGAGAAAAACCCUACGAAUGUAACCAGUGUUUUCAUGUCUUCCGCACUAGUUGUAACCUCAAAAGCCACAAGAGAAUUCAUACGAGGGAGAAUCACCAUGAAUGUAAUCAGUGUGGCAAGGCCUUCAGCACGAGGUCCUCCCUUACUGGGCACAACAGUAUUCAUACAGGAGAGAAACCUUACGAGUGCAGUGAUUGUGGGAAAACCUUUAGGAAGAGCUCAUAUCUCACACAGCAUAUGAGAACUCAUACUGGAGAAAAACCCUAUGAGUGUAAUCAGUGUGGAAAAUCCUUUAGCAGUAGCUUUUCUCUUACUGUGCACAAGAGAAUUCAUACCGGUGAGAAACCCUAUGAAUGCAGUAACUGUGGGAAAGCCUUUAAUAAUCUCUCAGCUGUUAAGAAACAUGUAAGAACUCACACCGGAGAAAAACCCUAUGAAUGUAAUCAUUGUGGGAAAUCUUUCACCACUAACUCUUACCUUUCUGUGCACAAGAGAAUCCAUAAUAGGUGGAUAUGACUACAAUAACUGGGAAAGCAUUCACUGAUUUCUUAUCUCUCAGACAACUUGUGAUAACUCACGCUUAGAUGUAUGAGUUAUCUGUUGCUGCAUAACAAAUUUCCCUUCAAAACAUAGUAGCUUUAAACAGCAAACAUUUAUUAUCUAUAGGUCAGGAAUUCAGAACCAGCUUAGCUGUGUAGUUCUAGCUCAGGAACUCUCAUGAGGUUGUAGUCAAGAUGUCAGCAGGAGCUACUGUCAUCUACUUUACUGCUGGCUGAGGAGUCCACUUCGAGAAUAGCUCAGUCACAUGCCUGGCAAGUUAGUGCUGGUUGUUGGCAGGGAACCUUCAUUUUCUCACCAUGUAGGACUCCCCACAGGGCUAUGUGUCUUUAUGACAUAAAAGCAGGUUCCUCCCAAAGCAUUUGAUUUAAAGAAGAGCUAAUGCAGAAACCACAGUGUCUUCUACGACCUAGUCUCAGAAGGACAUAUCAUCACUUCUUCCAUAUUUUAAUGGUCACACAGACCAAUCCUGAUACAGUGUGGGAAGAGACCAUACUCAGUAUGAAUACCAGGAAACAGAUUGUUGGGAACCAUCUGAGCAGUUUUCCAUGAAAUCACUGAUGUAAGACCUUCAGGAGACCCUCAUUCUUUCAGUCUAUUCAGUAUGAAGUAAUAUUUAAUAACUCUCAUGUUAAUUCACCCGUGAAAGAAACCUCAUGAGUCCAGUCUUUGUGAUAAGCUUUCAGCUCAAAUUCAGCCUAAUGUACACAAAAGAUUAAGUAUUGUGGAUAAAUCUGAGGAAUACAGUGGUGAUAUCUAGGGAGUCAUGUGACAGUUCACACUAAGGGGAGAGUCCUAUGAAUAUCAUCAGAAUGUAGAAGUCUUCAGGGACACUCAUCCCUUAGAACACACAUGAGGAAUCACUACAGAGCAACACUCACUCAUAUAAGGAAUGUGGAAAACUCUAUAGCACAAGAGUUUACAUUACUGAACAGAAGAUGAGGAGAUUCCGAGUGCAAGUACUAUGGGAAAGCCUUCAGUAUUCUCUCAACUUUUAAGAGAUACGAUGAUUUAUUCUGGAGAGAAUGUCCCAUUGAAUGGCAUCAGUACUGGAAAGCCUUCCAUUUUCCCACAUUCCUUAAACUGAAAAGUCGUUGCAGAGAAAUUUGUGAGUAUAAAGAAUGAGGGAAUGCCUUUAAUGAUACCUCUUAUGUUAGGAAAGCUAUGAAAUUCCUGGAUGCAAAACCUGUGGAUUAAUUUUGGGAAAUCUUUCGGUGAGUCCUGUCUGUUGACUUCUGAGAAGUCACACAGGUGGGGAACCCUAGAAGAUACUCAACGUGAGAUUGCCUCAGCUCUUCUCUGAGUGGCCACAGAAUACUUUAAACUGGGAAUGAAAAGUGUAAAUAUUAUGAGCAUGGAAUUACCUUUAUCAGUGUCUCAUCCUUAGGGUGGGGCAACUAGCUCUUUAAUUUUCAGUCUUUGCUUAAGUAUAAACAUUUAUGUCUAUAGCUAUACCCUAAGAUAAACCUUAAAUUAUGUUCCAUAGUUUUAUAUGUAAUAUGUUUAUCAUCAUUUACUCUAAAAAUAUUAACACAUUGCAUAUUUAUAAAGGUAUUUCUGAUUAUCUCCUGAGUGAUUUAGUUUAUCCUAGUAGAAAUUAGACUAUAUUUGCUACAUACCUUUUUCUAAUUUAAUGACAUUUUUAUCAAGUAAGUGGACUUUAUGAUGUUCAGAUAUUGUAUGUACAUUCAGGUUGGUUUUUAUUUUUCUUUCAAGCUUAUUUAGUGAUAGAUGUGAAUUAAAGUCUUCCACCGUUGUUACGGAUUGACAAAU